AUGAAUAGUUUAGCAUUUUUAUCUGGAAGUACAGCUGAAAAACAGGCCUAUGCUCGACACUAUGCAAAUCAAUGCAAUCAAGAUAUUGACAUUAUCGUUGUGCAUGGCUUCAUUAAUUCACCAACAGCUCUUAUUCAUACAAAUGUUCCUGGUUUUAAACAAAUUCGAUUCGCUGAAGUGCAACGCUUGGGAAAUCUAUCGCAUCUGACAUCGCGAUUUAACUCUAACGGUGAAUUGUGUUUGAAUGGUUUAGAAAUGAAAAAAUAUCAUUGUCAAAACGAUGUUACCUCUGAAAUUGGAUUAUUGGCAAUCACAAAAUCAAAAUCUACUACAGAUUCUUCGGCGGCUUCUGUUGCUGUAAAACAGGAAUAUGAAUUAUUUUCACUGGCGAAUCUUUUCUCUAAAGUUCUAUCCGAUCUUUCAAAUUCUCAGCAUUCGUUAUCAGCUGAUUUACUAGCAGAUCGAUUUAAAAAAUUCUGCCAUUGUUAUAUGGAUGGUAUCAAUCGUUAUAUAUUACCAUUACUCAAAAAUGAACAUACACAAAAACGAGUAUCGGAAUGGAACUUAACGCAAAUUUUUCAAGAUUCAUUCCAUAUAAUUGGUCCUAUUUUUGGUUACCGUUUGCCUAAGAAUUUAAAAAGACAAUUACAAUUAAUAUUGAAUUUUUAUGAAAAACAUAAACAUCUAUCAGAUGCAUCAGUUCUUAAAGACAAAAUCGAUUAUUUGAAUUACUGUUUAAUAAACGAGAUGGACAUAGUUCCAGCUAUACAAAUCAAAAAUUUCUGGCCAAAUGAUGUACAAUGGUUUCUUGAUCGUUUGAAUAGAAAUCAUCCAUGUUUAUAUAAAAAAUUAAUACCGAAUGCAUCAAUGCAUCUCAUAGCGAAAUGGUCUAAAAAAACUCCAGAUGGAGAUGGAGAUCUUGAGUUUCGUUACUCAUUUUCAACUCUUGAACGUCUUUUUGCCCAAGAACGUACUGAGAAUGAGAAAAUUCUAAAUGGUACUGCUCGAUCAAUUUAUUAUCGUUAUUUGAAAACAGAACCUAAUUUGAUUCCAUCUUAUUUUGUUAAAACUACAGUAUUAUGGAUGUGUGAAGAAAAAUCUGCUUUAAUCAAUAAUAUUACUGGAGAGACUACUGAAUAUGUAGCAGAACAACUUGCUUAUGAAUGGAUCAAAUAUGCACGAGAACGAUUACAAGAAGGCAAAUGUUCACAUUAUUUUAUUGAAAAUCUUAAUUUACUUGAACCUUGUAAGCGAGAAUAUCUAAAUGAAGCAUGUGAAAUUCUUGCAUAUAGAAUCAAUUUAAAAGAAAUGGUUCAAUUCGAAUUUAUGAAACAACGAAAACAAAUGGUUGAAGCGAUGAAUAGAAAAACUGAAGAAUUUCUACGACAAAUCAAAGUUACUGAUUUGGUGCAAGUAUUAACUAAUUAUCUUCAAAUGGAACAAUUAUGGUAUUCAAAUAAUGAUAAUAACACUCAUAAAGAUAAUGCUUUACAAUCGUGUUUCACAAUAUUGAAUAAGUUAGGUUAUGCAGACAAUACUGAAAAUAAUUGGAUUAAAUUUCUUAAACUGAUAAUUAAAAAUGAAGAAAAUAUCGAUGAAGAACAACAAUACAAAUCGCCAAUCUGGAACGAAAAUGUCACCCCAUUAAAUCCAUCAGAUAUUGCUGAAAACUUACUUCCCAUUCCGUAUUUACUGAAAAUCACAUACGAACAAGUGAAUCGUGAGGAUCUUAACGAUAUACGAUGUCACGAAUACGAUGCAUUUGACAUUGCAAGUUUUCAAAAUGUUUUAAACGAUCUUUCCAAUCCAUCUACUAUAAUGCAUAGUGUAAUAGCAACCCAUGGUCCAUUAUGUACUAGUUCUCUAUUUGGUAAUGAUGUAAAUCGCAUGGAGCAUGUUUUAAAAUCAUUUUUUCAACGAACAUUAAUUCAGAAUCAGGGCGAUGGACCACAACCAAAUUUACAAUCGGAAAACUGUGAGUAUAAUAUUUACAUAUCGAGAGAGCUUAAAAAUCAACUUUUUUUGCGUCGGACGGAUCGAGCUGAAAUUUUAGGAUAUGAAUUAUGA